AACACGCGCGCGCGCGCCUGUGGCAGGACGUGUAGAGAGCGACGCCAUGCUGCUAGAGCGCGCGCUUCCGUGCGAAAGGCAGAUGUGUAUGUGGAUGUAGGUCACUUACUGAGACGUGGCAAAGCGCUCAGCGCCGCGAAAAUGGCAGCCGAAAGUUUGUAACAUUGAAUAAGUAAGUAGCUGAAAAUCCAAGCCCUUCCCUUGUAGUCAAGGUCAGCGGAGGGACGCUGCGUAGUUUAAAAAGCAGCCGAAAGUCAUUUAAUCAUCUGCAGUCUCAGGAAGUGCCGGGCGUUAUGAGCACAGAAUAGUUUCCCAGGUCGUGUUUACUUUAACUAACUUAUUAUUUACGUUAACAUACGGAUUGUUAAUGACUACAAUGGCAAAUGGAUCGGAUCCCAAACGGACCGGAGCUCAGGAUCCGAACCCGAACCCACAGACACCAAGAACCAAGUCGGAGUCACUCUCGGACCUGGAGCCGUACAGCGAGCCGCAGACCGCCGUCACAGACGCCAAAAACACCGGGCUUAAAUUCGCCAAGUCGUUCCUGCUGGUUUUCCCCGUUUAUGUACUGGGUUACUUAGGGUUCAGUUUCAGUUGGAUUCUCAUCUCACUGGCUGUGCUGUUUUGGCUCAGACGGAACCAGGGGACGAGGUUUUCAGGAGUAAACAAAGCACUGGCCUUUUUAGAGCAUGAAGAGCAAGAAGUGAAACAAACUUUACCAACUUCUGAGCUGCCGCAAUGGGUUCAUUUUCCUGAUGUGGAGAGAGUGGAAUGGCUCAAUAAGACAGUUCAUCAAAUGUGGCCAUAUAUUUGUCAGUUUGUCGAGAAACUCUUCCGUGAGACCAUCGAGCCAUCCAUCAAAGGAGCCAAUGCUCACCUCAGCUCCUUCUGCUUCUCCAAGAUUGACAUGGGGGACAAGGCCCUGAGAGUGAAUGGAGUGAAGGUUUACACUGAGAAUGUAGACAAACGACAGAUUAUCAUGGACCUACAAAUCAGCUUUGUUGGAAACACUGAGAUCGAUGUGGAGAUUAAGAAAUAUUACUGCAGAGCAGGCAUCAACAGUAUCCAGCUUCAUGGGAUGUUGAGAGUCAUCAUGGAGCCUCUGCUGGGAGACAUGCCUCUGAUUGGAGAACUAUCUGUUUUCUUCCUCAAAAAACCCCUGCUGGAUAUUAAUUGGACAGGUCUGACUAACAUACUCGACAUCCCAGGACUGAAUGGACUGUGUGAUGGUGUGAUUGAGGACAUUAUUUGCAGUAACCUGGUGCUUCCUCAGAGAAUCACCAUUCCACUGGUGGGAAAAGCACAACUGGCCAAAUUACGCUUCCCAAUGCCAAAGGGUGUUUUGCGAAUACAUUUUCUAGAAGCCCAGGAACUGUUGGCUAAAGACACGUAUCUGGGUGGACUGAUCAAAGGAAAGUCUGAUCCAUACGGUGUCAUUAAGAUUGCCAAUCAGCUUUUCCAGAGCAAGGUCAUCAAGGACUGCUUGAAUCCCAAAUGGAAUGAAGUAUAUGAGGCAUUUGUGCAUGAUGGUUCAGGACAGAAUUUGGAAAUUGAGUUGUUUGAUGAAGACCCUGAUGAGGAUGACUUCCUUGGCAGGCUUACAAUUGACCUGAAUGAGUUGGAGAAGGAGCAGAAAGUUGAUGAGUGGUUUAUGCUGGAAGAGGUGACAGCAGGGAAACUACACUUAAAGCUAGAAUGGCUCUCACUUCUCGACACACCAGAGAAGCUGGACCAGGUGUUGAGCAGUAUUAGGGCAGAUAAAGGCCAAGCGAAUGAUGGGCUCUCCUCUGCACUACUGCUUGUACACCUGGACUCUGCCAAGAACCUUCCUUCUGCGAAGAAGGUCACCAGUGAUCCCAGUCCUUUGGUCCAGUUUAAAGUUGGACACACAGUUUUCGAGAGUAAGACACGUUAUAAAACCAAUGAGCCUGUUUGGGAGGAGGCCUUCACAUUCCUAAUACAUAACCCAAAGAGUCAGGACCUAGAAGUAGAGGUAAAAGACGAGAAGCAUGAGUGCACGUUGGGGAGUUUGUCUCUCCCUUUGACUCAGCUGCUGCAGGCUGAGCAGAUGACCCUCAGUCAGAGAUUCCCACUGAAGAGUGCAGGACCCAGUGCUACUCUCAAAAUGAAGCUUGCUCUUAGGGUUCUUAUGUUGGAAAAGUUGUCAGUUUCAGACCAGCCAUCAUCUGCGCGGGUUCACAGAAGUUCCAUUGUCAUUCCAAGUGCAUCAAAUUCCAAUGCCAAUUCCAAAAGUUCGAAAAACACCCUAAAAACCUCAGGUUCAGGUGUCAACACCAAACCACCUUCACAGCUCCCAAAUGUUUCUCAAAAUCAGUCGGUUCCUGACCUCCAAAGGUUGAGUGAGUCCACCUCUAACAGCGCAUUGGAGGACUCGCCUGUUCGUCUAACGAAUGCAAGAAGAAGUACAUCUAACUUGGCAAUUUCAGGCUCCCAAAUGAACCUGAACAACAAAGAGCCAACACCGAGCAUUGCCUCUGAUAUCUCCCACCCGUAUGCUUCCCAGGAGCUACAGCAAAGAAUCAAAGAUCUGCAGAAUGGUUCCACUCCUGGUCAUUUUCCCCUGGGAGAGAUUGAGCUGACGAUAAGACACAGCUCACAGCGGAACAAACUUAUAGUAGUGGUACAUUGCUGCAGGAAUCUGAUAUCAUUCACAGAUAGCGGUUCUGACCCUUACGUGCGAUUGUAUCUGCUCCCGGAUAAGCGGCGAUCAGGACGUAGAAAAACAAACACCGUCAAGAAAAACCUCAACCCAGUCUUUGACCAAACAUUUGAGUUCAGUGUGUCACUGGUGGAGUUACACAGGAGAACUUUGGACGUAGCAGUGAAAAAUGGAGGAGGACUUCUGUCGAAACACAAGGGUCUUCUGGGCAAGGUGUUUGUGGAUUUGACAUCAGAGGACAUAUCAAAGAGCUGGACACAAUGGUAUGAACUGAGUGAGGAUGGACUGAGAAAACCAUCCGUUUAAUCAGAACACUCUGUUCGUACCUCUGGCCAAAAAUCAGGACUCCCUGCGUGGAAUCCCCUGCACAGACGACAAACGUCCGCCAUGUUUAAAUGGAAUUUUAAUGAACAGUCAUAUUCUCUAUAUAUAAUAUGUAGAAUAUUCAUUUUAAUCAAGCUCAUUUUUAUUUAGAUGCCCAGCCAAAAGAAUAUAAUGCUUUGAAAUCUGAUUUCAGAAAUGCAUCUGCUGAGUUUACUUCAUAGUAUCAUGGUUUAAUUUGUGCAAUAGGAAGAUGUGUGUGUGUGUGUGUGUGUGUGUGUGUGUGUGUGUGUGUGUGUGUGUGUGUGUGUGUGUGUUUGUAAGAAAGAUGAAAAAUUAACAAUUACAAAUCAAAUAAACAUACAGAAUAUUACUUUUUUUUUACUAGAGGUGUGUGUGUGUGUGUAUUCAUGCAUAAGUGCGUUCAGUCCUAAACUAAUAAUGAACCUAUACUGUGCACUAGUAUGACAUGUAUGACAUUUUGCACUCACAAAGGUGUUUGUGUUUUGGUUUUGGGGAAACAGUUGGGAAGUUUAUUGUUGUUGUUUGUUUUUUGUUUUAAUAUUUACCGUGAUGUAUAUAUUUACUGCUUAUUUGCAAAUGCCUUUCUAAAAUAUUGUAGGGCUGUAUAGGCGCAAACCAAAGCAUAGUCUCACCUGCUGGUUACUUCUGUCCCUUUAAGUCCUCUGAAAUGAACUUUGUAGGAGACUGGGAAUAUUCCCAUUUUGUUGUCUUUAUAAAUAAGGGAUCAUCAGUAAAAAAAAUACUAAACAUAAAGUGAAGUAAUAACAAAAUGCUGUUGACAUUCUCCUGUGUGAUGACCUUUUCUUUCAGGGUUGUAUUUUGUAUAUGUAUAUAGUUUAUGUGCCUUAGCCCUGCUUGGGUGUAUCAAGGGCAACUAAAUGCCCCCGCAACUGUGUGGCAGCACUUUUAUUAACUAAAUAUCAUUGUAAGCCAUAUUGUUAACAAUAAGUAAGUAAGCUGUAGAUUAGAUAACACUUAAGGUCAACACUUGAUGCAUGUUUUGAUAGCCAAAUAAUGCACAGCAUCUUCCAUUCUGUCAGUUUCAUUGUUUAUACACAUCAAAUCUAUCACUAGUCACCGACUCAUUAGACGUUAAUAGUUAAAACACUAGCAGAAAAUCACACAGCAUUAGCUAGCGUUAGCAGACAGGUGGCGUUUACUGCAGCAUUAUUGAGACUGAGACUCAAUAAACAUAAAACUAUUGUAAA